UCUAUUGGUGAACGUCACUCCACAUGUGCCAGUUGUCCGCGGAAAGUUUAGUUCGAAUUUGAGGCAAAACCGCUAGUUUCCAAUGGGGAAAAAGGAUAAAGCCAAUGCCUUAGGGCGAAGUCUGAUAAAAGAUCGAUUUGGCCAUACGAAGAGGAGAGUCGUCGACAAUGAUUCAAUGAUCCACACAACAGAAAUGCAAGAUGGAUACGAUUGGGGACGCCUCAAUUUGCAGUCAGUCACUGAAGAAUCUUCCUUUCACGACUUCCUGCGUACUGCAGAAUUGGCUGGAACUGAAUUUCAAGCGGAAAAGUUGAACAUUUCAUUCGUCAACCCAAAAAGCAGUGCUGGCCUCCUUACGGGUGCGCAAAAGGACGAGAUGAAGCAAAAACAUGUGGACAAAAAGGAUUUAUUGAAGAUCCCUCGCCGUCCCAAGUGGCAGAGUACUACAACGGCAGAACAACUUCAGCAAGCUGAAAAUGAAUCCUUCCUAGAGUGGCGUCGAGGACUUGCAAUGUUGCAAGAAAAGGAUGGACUGUUGCUAACUCCAUACGAGAAGAAUUUAGAGUUUUGGCGCCAAUUAUGGCGGGUGGUAGAGCGUAGUGAUGUUGUCAUCCAAAUUGUUGACGCCCGAAACCCCUUGCUGUUCCGGAAUGAGGAUUUGGAGAAGUACGUGAAAGAAGUGAGCGAAGAUAAGAUGAAUAUGGUCCUUAUAAAUAAAGCCGAUUUCUUGACCUUGGACCAACGGAUUGCUUGGGCCCGUUACUUUGACGCUCAAAAUUUAAAAGUAGCAUUCUUCUCUGCCUUGGACGCUGAAGAAAAACCGAAAGAUGAUACAGAACUCUCGGAAAAACUAAAAGAUGAAGCUACUCAAUUAUCUAGAAGCCUCGAUGAAACAGAACAGAAAUUAGCGGAGUUGGAAAAGCGCAUGGGAUUGGUCGAGUUCGAAAACAGAAACAAUCCGUUAGUAUUGACACGGCAGGAACUAAUCGACCUUUUUAAAACAAUUCACAAGGGGCCUAAGUGUUCUGCUGAUCAUGUAACAAUUGGUUUGGUUGGCUACCCGAAUGUGGGUAAAAGUAGUACCAUCAAUGCUCUAAUGACUGAGAAGAAAGUAUCAGUCUCUGCCACUCCCGGCAAGACCAAACAUUUUCAAACGUUAUACCUUGACACGGAUCUACUUCUCUGUGAUUGUCCUGGUUUGGUGAUGCCGAGCUUCGUGUUGACCAAAGCUGAUAUGGUUUUGAACGGAAUUUUACCAAUUGAUCAGAUGAGAGACCAUGUGCCACCAGUUAAUUUACUUUGCACUCAAAUACCACGAUAUGUAUUGGAAGAUAAAUAUGGAAUCAUAAUCGCGAAGCCGCAAGAAGGAGAAGAUCCUGAUCGACCGCCUUUUUCUGAAGAAUUGCUUCUUUCAUAUGGAUAUAAUCGUGGUUUCAUGACUGCCAAUGGACAACCCGAUCAAUCGAGGUCCGCCAGAUAUGUGUUGAAAGACUACGUCAACGGCAAGCUCUUAUAUUGCCAUGCGCCGCCUGGUUACAAACAGGAAGAAUUUCACAAAUAUCCACCGCGUCAGAGAAAGGAAGUUGACGAGAAAGAUUUGCCACAAAGCCAGCAGAGGGCAAUGAGGAUAAACAAAACUGCAUCAUCCAAAGAACUGGAUAAUCAGUUUUUCCAACGAUCAACAAAUACUGCUUUUAUCAAAGGGCGUUCAAAUUUUCCACACAUACGUCCACCAACUGGCGGUGAAGCAAGCACAAGUGGAUCAAUGCAAAGUUUGGAUAGUGUGCAAUAUGCUAAACCUUGGCGAAAUGUAAAGAAGGAGAAACGUGAAAAAUUAAGGAAGAAAUUCGGACAUUUGGAUCAACAUUAAGUUUUUGGAGGAUUCGAUGCAUAUAUGAGUAAGAAUAUUGCACGUUUCUCAGGGGGAAAAUUGUAGUUAGCAAUUUAAAUAUGAUUAUUUGUGAAUAAUAAGUAGAAUAGUUAUGAUAAUUGGGAGAAGCGAAGUUGGGUUCGAACAGCUAUGAAAUGAAUAGUUUCUAGCUCCUUGGCGUCAGUCUAGAUUUCAAUAGUAGGGAAACAAAUUUGAAUUUUAAUUUGGCAACAACAGCAACAUAUACGAGGACUUCAAAGCCAGGGUGGUUCAAACCUAAUUUUUUAAUGAAAUUUGAUAGUUAUCAAAGUUGAAUGUUGAAUUGUAAAAAAAUAUGCUAUUGUUCAAGAAAAAUGAAGUGUCUUUAUGUAUUAAUUCAUGAAAUUUGAAGAAAUUUUGAUUAGUCGAUAUUUAAUUCAGGAUUGAUUAGGCAUGGCCCAUUCUGGAUUUGAUGUCUUCAUAUUUUUAUUACGUCAGUUUUGUCUAGCAUGUGUUGACUAUUGUAUUUUGAAGUUAGAAACAACUUCUGAAACGUGACAAGAAAGAAAAAUAAGUAAAAUGAGGGCAUAGUACCUUAUUUUAUGUUUUGCAGAACAAAUUUUCACAAUAUUUUUUGAUCAAUUUUAUUUACAACAUAUGGUAACAUCUUGUGGCUACGAAUGACUAUGUCUCUUUAUACUUAAAUAUUUUGUAGCAUUCGACCUUCAAAUUAACAAAAAGUUAGAAUGAUGGUGCUCCAUCCAAUAUGAUUGGAGGUCCCUUUAUGUUUCUUCGAUUGAAUUUACCCAGAUGCAGACACAUGAAAAACGAGCAUGUAGUGUAUCGGUAGUUGUUCUUAUACAAUCAACUGUCAAUUUUGUUAAGGUGAAAUGAAAGUAUUGGUCUGAAUCAAAUGGACGCUACGGUCGUCCUGUUAAGAAAACUACUGAUAUUUUGACAUUUUGUCCGUCAAAUAUUGGUAAUUCGUACAUAGUCGAUUGCUGCCUUAAAUUUUGUGAAGAAAUCAAGUCCUCAUAUAGCAUUCACUUCAAUGGGUCAUUGGUAACUAUUUUUAUUGAGACUUGUACGUUAAAGUAUAUUUCAGUUUGUGUUGUUCCGAGAGAUUUGAUCCUUGUAACUCCUUGUAUUACGCAUGCGCGUGUCGGAUAAAAAUAUAGAGAUCUCUGCUCGCGUAUCUAUAAUGUCUGCAUAUUUUAUCAUACACUUCGAUAUGGUUUAGUGAAGUUUUUUAGGCCAGAAAGGCAAUUGUUUGUGAGUUGUCCCUGAGCGGGGCUGCCAUUUCUUCCAGUUGA